AUGGCCCAAUAUUUUGGCCUAGAGACUGGCGUCCCCUUCCCCUCCCCCUGGACCAUGGCCUACCAAAUCGUAAUCUUCUUCGUCGCCGAAGAUGCCUGGCACUACUGGUCCCACCGCCUUUUUCACUGGGGCCCGCUCUACCGCUCUGUCCACAAAAUCCACCACCAAUACUCCGCCCCCUUCGGCCUGGCUGCUGAAUACGCUUCCCCCAUCGAAGUGAUGGCCCUGGGAUUCGGCACUGUCGCUGCCCCUGUCAUCUGGGCAGCCUUCACGGGCAAACUGCACAUCCUCACCAUGUACAUUUGGAUCAUGCUGAGGCUUUUCCAGGCCAUUGAUGCGCACAGUGGGUAUGAGUUUCCGUGGUCGUUGCAUCAUUUCUUGCCUAUUUGGGCCGGGGCGGAUCAUCAUGAUGUGCAUCAUGAGAAGUUUAUAGGGAAUUUUGCAAGUAGUUUUCGAUGGUGGGAUUAUUGUUUAGAUACAGAGUAUACGCCUGAGGCUGCGAAGAGGUGGAGGCAGAGGAAGCUGGAUAAUGCGGCGAAGAAGAAACAAUGA